AAGUGGUAGCAACCCGAACUGUCUUUGACGUCUUUAUCACAAUUCACAAGUCAUAAAUAAAUAAAUAAAAAGUAAAUAAAUAGAAAUUGUAUUUUGUAAUAAAAAUCUCUAGUUUUAAUUUAAUUUAUGCACUGUAGAACAGAAUCAUCUGCGAGCAUAGCUACUAAACUCCAAAUAAAAAUGGAUGCCCUGAUAGGUAUCAUCUGUUUUCUAUAGUUGUGCAAUUAAACUGUUUUUAUUGUACUUAAGUUACCCUUCAAAACAACUUAAAAAUUUAAUUUCUUCACUAAGUUAUUUUAUUACCAAAUUUAGAUUGUGUUUAAUUUUGUUUUUGUUUUACAUUUAUCAUUUAAAAACAAUUGCAUCUUUCAACUAUAAAUAUACGUAUUUAUUUUAGAUUUACCAAUAUGGGUAUUACUAAAAGACCUGCAAGUUCUUGUAGCGAUGAAAUAAUAGCAAUUGAAAUUGAUGAAAAUUCUGAUAAUUUUUCUGAUACUAUAAGUGAUGACAGUGAAAGUGAAGAGGAUAUUAUCCCAAAUGAUUCUAUAGAUAUACUGGAUUACGUAGAGGACGAUUCAUAUUUUACAAUUGAGUCUGUACCAAACUAUGGUAUACAGAAUAAAGAUGAGACAUACUACCACAAUGAUGUGCAUGUCAAGCAAUUAUUUAAAAAAAAAAUAUCUCAAAUGGGACGAAGAAAAGCUAACCGAGCUCAAAAUGAAAUAUUUCUUUUGUCACUGACUGAUGAUCAAUCUCCAGAAGAUAAUAUUUUUUAUAAUGACAAUAAAAAUGGAUUUUCAAGUGUAAUUAAAAACUGUAGUCAUCCUGCAUUAAAAGAAUCGUUUAUUGAAGGAAAAGAAGACCUAAUACUACAAAAAGGAAAAGAAAGUAUUGAUUUAAAAAAAAAUACAAAAAAAACAAAAAGAAUUAUUCAACCGGAUUUAGCAUUUAAUAACUUGACAACGUCCCAAAAAUCACUUUUCAAACAGAAGAGUUUACCAUUUACAACCAUAAAUGAAUUGGAAACUGAAGUUCUACAUUAUUUCACACUUGUGCCAAAUGGUAUUUACACAUCAACUCCAUUACCAGGUUAUCAUAGAUUGUUGUUACAUGGAAUAGUUCGUUAUUAUUCACUAGAUGCUUCAAGUGUUAAUAGCCGAGGUCAUCGUUCACAAAAAAUUGUGCAAGUAAGAAACACUAAAUUUGACGAUUUUCAACCACCAAAUUUGACACUUCUAAAAUUCAUUGAAACCAAGCUCAAUAAAACAAAGACAGUUCAAUAAACGACCUCUGUAAACUCACCUGCUGUUUUCUUUAACAUUACAUAUUAACACUAUUAUUUAACAUUAACUAUUUAUACAUAUAUUUUUUUAACUCAAU